AUGCGAGCAGCACAAGUAGCCAAUUUCUCAACCACGGCGCCCCAGUGCAAGCGCAAGACAAAGGACAGCAACAAGCGACGAGGCGUCAGCAGCCUUUACGGAUCGGGCCCCCGCGAGCCGCUGUCCAUGUCCAACAUCCCGCUGCCGAAACCCGUCGACUUCAAGCCCAAGAUUCAGGUCGACGAGAACCACGGGCUGUGGGGGUUCUUCCCCGCCCCCGGAAAGCUCCUGCUGACGCCCAAGGAGACGGAGGAGCACGGCCGCGCAUGGAUGGUUGAGGAGCUGCGGAGGAAGUCGUGGGAGGAUCUGCAUGCGCUGUGGUGGAAGUGCUGCAAGGAGAGGAACAUGCUUGCUACGGCGAGGGAGGAGCUGUUGAGGGGGAAGCUUGGGUUUGGAGAGCGGGAGAUUGAUUCACGGAAUGAGGAGGUCACUAAGACGAUGAGAGCGAUCAAGCAUGCUCUUACGGAGCGAUUCUACACAUGGCAGGAUGCCGUCGAGGUCGCCAAGUCGGACCCUGAGAUUAACUUGGAUGGAGGAGAGGGCCAGGUGUACAACCCAUCCGCAUACGAAGAGGGGUACGAUGAAGUUGAUGUUGCGGCCAUUGAAGAUGAAGCGUCAAGGGUGGCAUCAGAGAAAGAGCUGAAGGAACCCGUGCGGUAA